CAUUCCGUCUCCAGGGUGCGCAUUAUUCAGUAUUGUGUUGUGGCUAUAACUUCAAGGCUCCAAAUUUUGUGAUACUUUCAUAUAAGCUGUACAGGUGUUAUCUUUAUCACUUCCUAAGAGUACAACCCACGAUGCAACCCGGAAGAAUUAAUAUUCAUUGCAGUUUCUAUGUUAUGGCAUUCUUGCUUGGCAUCGCCGCAUCGAGGAAUCCUCAACCCGCGGAUCCAUACACAAACUUGCGUAGCUUAAAUCAUGAGGCCGAGAGUCCUAUCGUCCCUCCAACUAUAGAUUAUGCCUCGUACAUGGAGAGAAUCAAUGGCUCCUUACAGGAUAAAGACUUCGAGUACAUGCUAGACUACUACAACAAUAAGAGCAGUAUUGCACUGGAGCUCCUCCACAAUUUUGAUUCUAGUGACAUUUCAAGAAUGUUGGUGGAGAAGGCUGCUUACUAGAACACAACUCCGGUCCAGUUCUUGGAGGAGAUGGCGGCUUUGAUCUCCUUGGAAAAAGAGCAGUAUUCAACCUCCAAAGGGAACUAUGGAUCAGACCCAGAAAAAAGAUUAUCAUUCCUGAAAAAAAAGUACAACGUUUCUGCUGCCUGUGAAGUUCCCGACUGCGUCUCUAUUUCAAGGGUAGCCUACGUGUUUCCUCACCUAGGUCUCAUUGGAGCGAGGCCGAUUCUUGUUCGAAAAGAAAUGAAACAAGUUGAUAGGGCCUCCUCAGAACAGGUUCUAGUUGUAGAACCAAAUGUACUAGGGGACCCGCUUUUUGGAGGACUCAUACCCUUACCAUCAAACUCAUACGAUUCGAAUUCCGGUUUAUCUCCCGAAAAUUUACGAAGAAUUAUAACAGUGCACCUUUAUUACUCCCGGGACAUCUUAUACAGGAAUGAGACGGUUCCUUUCCGAAAUCAGUGCAUCAUGCUUCACCGAAGAAUGAGAAAGAGUCUGUUGUCCGGUGAACGCAAAAUCCGCCUGCUCAAGCUUCAUGACGUCCUUAAGGAAAGCGAUGGUUACGAUAACCGCUUAAGGGCUGAAAUUGAAACUGCAUACGACCACAUCUCAACCGAUUUUAAAUCUUCAAUUCCCAAUUGGUUGUAUGAAUAUAACGGAUUUUGGAGAAUUACUUUAGCCAUAAACUGAAACAAUUCUGCUCGUGGGUGCGGAUAAUUGAUCGGCUUCAGGAAUGCGACACAGUAUUGAAGGCAAAUUGACAGAACGCUUGCUGUAACUUGAGCACUCUAGAUGCUUGCAAACUUUUAUCUUUAAGAAAAUAAAUAAAUAAACAUGAAAAAAUCAAAUAAAAAGUCAAAGGUAUUAAUCAAGUUCUGUGUGUAUAUUUCAUACGAAUAUUUAGUGAUAUCUAGUACUUUCUCUUUAAAUAGGCAAUCGGUAAGCAUUCAAAAAAAUGGGCAGUUCGAGCAAAAUGGAACAUUGUAGACCUGCAAAGCGAUUAGCCUUAAAAGUGGAGGGUAGAAUUCAGCAUUUGCUCUUGUAAAAAAUCAUCGAUGCGCGAUGGUGUUAUCAUUUCAACCUAAACGACCGAUAGAUUAUUUUUUAGACAUUUAGUAUCAAAGAAGUUAACUUAGGUCAUAAACCGAUAAUUUAUUCCAUUAGUUGGCUACCUAAUCAUUGUUAAUCCGGAAAAGAGAUAACAGAAAUGAAACCAAGUGAUCAGUAGGUUUCUUCAAGGAACUUUGUUCCUUGAAGAACUUUGAGAGCACUAUAAAGGCAAAUACUGAAGAUUUCUCGUCUACUAAAAAAAAUAUAUUUAUGUCUCUUCUUUUCAUUGACAUUAUUUUUCAUUCAAUCAUAACAGUUGUGGUUUUUCUAAGUGCUGCAAACCAACAGAGAUCAAUCGGUUUUCAAAACGCUUGGUUGCCCUAGGGUAAAGUCUAUCCGAAUAUGAGUCUCUCUUUCCGCAAUUUGACAAAAAGUUUCAGAAUUAAUAAUUAGAGACAUUGACCGGAGUCAGCUAAUAAAUGCCGACUGAAAAUCAAAAGAAUCCGAGGAUAUACUUUUAUAAACGUUCGUAUUUAAGUAUUCAAGCAAAGAAUUUCUGGGGGUAACAUUUAGCACAUUUCAAUAGUCUUUAACCAGUGUAUUGUAUUGCAUUCCACCAGAUUUUACGAUUUGUCAAGUUUCAUUUGUAUCCCUGGGUCUCACACCUAUACAGAAAAUAAAAUUUACUAUACUUUUUUCCGAGUGACAUUCAAUAUUUUCGUUAGCAUUAGAGGUAAUUAGAACAUUCAUAUUAUUUUUAUUUUUUUUAAAAAUGCAUUUUUUUUUGUUUUCUUUUUUUUCUUUGUUGUUUAGCUAAUCUAUAAGACUUUAUCAUUAAAAUCCAAAUUUAGUCAAAAAUUUAGAUCCUUGUAAGUAGUAAUAAUAUGUAUUAUUAUUAAAUAAAAUCAUUCCAUUUCUGUUUAAUCUUUUAUAUGUGUAGCUUUCAAUAAGCAAAUCACAUGGCGAUGCAAA